AUGGCUGGUCAGAGGGUACUGCUGCUAGUGGGCUUCUUUUUCCCUGGGAUCCUGUUCUCAGAGUCUGCCAAAAUCUUGACUUUAUCUGCAUUUGGUGGAAGUCAUUAUCUACUGAUGGACCGUGCAUCUCAGAUUCUCCAAAAGCAUGGUCAUCAGGUGACCAUGCUUUGGAAAGGAAACGCAUCUAGAAUUUUAUCCAUUUCUUCUAGAUUUUCCAACGAGGAAAUUUCAUACCAGGUUAUCAGUUGGCUUCUAUCCGAAAAUCAAAAAGAAGAGCUAAGGAAGAAUUUAGAUUUUUAUGUACAAGAAGGCUUGCAUGGAAGGGACAGAUUUCACAUCUAUGUAAGGAUAUGUGAAUACCUUGGGACAUUAUGCAGUGAUCUGCUAAGCAAAAGGGACAUCAUGGAGUCCUUAAGAAGAGAGAACUUUGACCUGCUAUUUUUUGAUGUAUCAGAUCCCUGUCAUUUCCUGAUUGCUGAGAAGCUUGGGAAACCAUUUGUGUCCUUUCUUCCCAUAAUGUUUAGCCGUUGGGACUUUGGGCUACCAAAACCCUUGUCUUAUGUUCCAGUGUACCUUUCUGGUCUAUCUGACCAAAUGGGCUUUUGGGGCCGAGUGAGGAAUGUUCUGAUGUCCUUUGAUUUCUCCAUGAAACAAAGGAAAAUACUGUCUAUGUUUGACAACACCAUCAAGGAGCAUUUUACAGAAGGUCCUGGGACAAAACUGGUCUAGGCAGAGCUGUGGUUUGUUAACUCAGACUUUGCCUUUGAAUUUGCUCAUCCUCUGCUUCCCAACACUGUUUAUGUUGGAGGUUUGCUAGACAAACCUGUUAAGCCAAUACCACAAGAAAGUAAAUGCUUAGACCUGGAGAACUUUAUUGCCAAGUUUGGAGAAUCUGGAUUUGUCCUUGUGGCUCUGGGCACAUUUUUGAGCAUGUAUCAGACCCCAAAAUUCCUUAAUGAGUUGAAUAGUGCCUUUGCCAACCUCCCUCAAAGGGUGAUAUGGAAUUGUAAUAGUUCUCAGUGGCCCAAAGAUGUCAAAAUGCCCACAAAUGUGAAAAUUAUGGACUGGCUUCCUCAGAAUGAUCUCCUGGCUCACCCUAGCAUCCGUCUUCUUGUCACCCAUGGUGGAAUGAAUAGCAUAAUGGAGGCUAUCCAACAUGGCGUGCCCAUGGUGGGGAUUCCUUUUUAUGGAGGACAGGCUGAAAACAUGGUCCGAAUAGAGGCCAAAAAGUUUGGGGUCGCUAUUCAGCUACAGAACCUCAAGGCAGAGACAUUAACCCUUAAGAUAAAACAAGUCAUAGAAGACAAGAGGUACAAGUCUGCAGCGGUAGCUGCCAGCAUCAUCAGGCACUCCCACCCUCUGACCCCUGCUCAGUGCCUGGUGGGCUGGAUCAACCACAUCCUACAGACUUGGGGAGCUGUGCACCUCAAGCCCUAUGCUUUCCAGCAGCCAUGGCAUGAGCACUACAUGCUUGAUGUCUUCUUGUUUCUGCUGGGGCUCACUGUGGGCACCAUGUGGCUUUUUAGGAAGUUUCUGGGCAUGGUGACAAGGUGGUUGAGGGGAUCCAAGAAGGUGAAGAAGACAUAA